AUGUCGCGAACUACUUUGAAUAAACGCACAGGAUCUGUUCGAUCCAAUAAUAUUACAUAUAAACAUGACAAACAAACAAUCAUGCAUCUGCCAGUGACAAUUUCUAUUCAUCAAAGUGAAGUUGAGAGUCUGUAUUUACCAGAUUUUGACCCAGCAAAUGAGAAUUCGGUCAACGACCUUCUUGUACCAUUGAAUAUUAGUAACAUUGACUGGUAUUUAAUUCCAUCAAGUGACUCGAAUAUGGCAGUUUUAUCAUCUCCAUCAUUUAAUUUAUUAACAUCCAUGAAUUCGACAACAUUAUCAUCAUCUACUAUUCGUCCAAUGCCGUUAAUCAAAGCACUACCUGUUGCGUUUGUUCUUUCGAGCAUCGUUGUUCUAUGUAUAUGUGGAAACAUUCUUGUUAUUCUAUCUGUCUUCACUUUUCGGCCACUACGGACUGUACAAAACUUUUUUAUUGUUUCACUUGCUUUUUCUGAUAUGCUUCUUGCGAUUAUGGUCAUGCCAUUUCAUAUUGUUACCCAUAUACUCAAUCGAUGGAUAUUUGGUAACAUAUUUUGUCAAGUAUUCGUCAUGUCAGAUGUACUUCUGUGUACAUCAUCGAUAUUAAAUCUUUGUGCAAUUGCACUUGAUCGUUAUUGGGCCAUAAGUGAUCCGAUUCAAUAUGCUCGUCAACGAACUAUUCGACGUGUUCUUUUCAUGAUCAUGCUUGUAUGGUUUUUAUCAGCAACUAUAUCUAUCCCACCAAUCAUAGCAAACAUUCUUGGUUCAAAUGAACUACAGAAUUUUAAUAAUCUACAACAAUGUGAUCUAUCAAGAAAUACGGCGUAUGUUAUUUAUUCAGCAUGCGGAUCUUUCUAUAUUCCGGCACUGAUUAUGACGAUUGUCUAUGCUCAUGUUUUUAUCGAAACAAAAAAACGAUUUCGUGAACGAGCUAAUGCGGCAGCCAAAUUAGCCAACGCAACGCGUCGAAAUAAUCCAGAUCCGCUAACUCCGAGCAAUAAGUCAACAAUAAACGACAGUCUCAAAUAUAAUCCUCAUCAACAUCAUCGUCGGCAUCAUCAUAAAAAGCCACGUCGAACUGCAGAUGCAUCGUUCAAAUCAUUAACAUCCAAUGGCAGCGGAGGAGAGAAUCCGAGCACUGAUGAUGCUGACGAAACGGCAGAGUCAAAAAUACUAUCCUCACCGACUAAUAAUCGUCAGGUUUAUUCUCAAACAAAGGCUAUUCACACACCCGAAGUAAUCAAGCGUACGUCGAAUACAAUCGUUUCAAUGAGUAAUUAUGAAUCAACAGUUCCGUUAUAUCAUCAAUGUGUCAUUGAAGAAAACGAACUUGAAAAUGGUUCUCUACGAAAAGAACUUUCAGCUGAUCGAACAAGUGGUUUAUUGCCUAAACCAGUACGGCCUUCUAAAGAUAUUGGACGCCGAAGUCUUUUCAAAGGAAAAAGCUUAGCAGCAUUAAUGAAUGAACGACAAAAGAUUUCCUUAACACGCGAACGUCGAUUGUCGCGAACACUUGGUAUUAUCAUCAGCGUGUUUCUCCUAUGUUGGCUGCCAUUCUUUGUCGUAUAUAUUCUAUCAGCUUUCAUCGAAGUGUAUUCGUAUUUGAAAGAACCGUUGCCAACAUUGAUUCUUUGGCUCGGUUACAUGAAUAGCGCAUGCAAUCCAUUGAUUUAUACUGUUUUUAAUGUAGAAUUUCGAACAGCAUUCAAACGGUUACUAUGUCCAACUUCAGCGAAUAUUUCAUUCAAUCGAAAUCUAUCGACCAAGCAAAGCCGAUACUAG